AUGUCUGGGACCAAGCCACCUCGACAAGAGUUUCCAGACUCUGAUCCAGAGGACACAUCCGAAGAGCUGACAGCUGUAGUGUGUCUGGAGUCAGACCUGAAGGAUGGACAAAUGAUGGAGGUUGAAGUGGGACAUCACAGCGUGUUGUUGACACGCAGUGAGGGCAAAUACAGUGCCAUCGGUAACCAGUGUACACACUACGGAGCUCCACUCAGCAAAGGGGUUAUCUCAGGCCACAAAGUGCGCUGCCCUUGGCAUGGCUCCUGUUUUAAUGUCCACACAGGAGAUCUGGAGGAGCACCCUGGCAUGGACUGUUUACCUUGCCACAAGGUCAAAAUUCAAAACAGCAAAGUGUAUGUCUCUGUAAACAAAAAGACUCUCAGACAGGAAAAAAGAUUAAGGAGUAUGGGAACUGCAGUACCAGGAGUUACACACACUAUUCUCCUGCUGGGGGGAGGAGCCGCGUCACUGAUCUGCGCUGAGACCCUACGGCAGGAAUACUUUGGCGGCAGGAUCAUCAUGGUCAGCAGAGACGACCUUUUACCAUACGACAAAACCCGACUCAGCAAGGUGAUGAAUGUGGAGAGUGACAGCAUUCUGCUGAGGAGGAUGGAGUUUUUCCAGCAGUACGACAUUGAAGUGUGGCUCAGGAAGGAAGCACUGUCAGUGGACACGGACAAGAAGACCGUCACAUUUGAUGAUGGUUCGGUCCAGGGCUAUGACCAGCUCCUCAUCUCGACAGGCUGCAGAGCAAAGGGUCUGGAUGUUCCUGGCAUGAAGCUGGACAACAUCAAGAUGUUGGAGACGCCAGAGGAUGCCCGGCAAAUCCACGCAGCCUGUCUGGGCUGCAACGUCGUCCUCGUGGGAACCUCUUUUGUUGGCAUGGAAGUUGCAUCUUAUUUGAUAGACAAAGCCUCCAGUAUCACAGUGAUUGGCAGCAGUGAGCUGCCGUACCAGAACACACUGGGUCCGGAAAUCGGCAAAGUCACCAUGAGGAUGCUGUCAGAGAAAAAUGUGAAAUUCUACAUGAAUGAUAAUGUGAUAGAGGUCAAAGGUGCGGAUGGCAAGGUGAAAGAGGUUGUGCUUAAAAGUGGAAAAGUUAUCCCAGCUGAUGUUUUGAUUGUUGGUAUCGGUAUCAUCCCUAACUCAGGGUUCCUACGAGGCAGUAAGAUACAGAUGGACGCAAAAAACUUUGUACCAGUUGAUAAGUACAUGCGCACCAAUGUCCCAAAUGUGUUCUGUGGAGGUGACCUGGCCACCUUCCCCCUGGCAAUGGCCAAAUACCAGCUGGUCAACAUUGGACACUGGCAGAUGGCACAAGCACAUGGAAGGAUAGCAGCUCUGAACAUGCUGAAUAAACAGACUGAACUCAACUCAGUUCCAUUCUACUGGACCGUCCUACUGGGUAAAACCAUCCGAUAUGCAGGCUAUGGGGAGGGAUACACUGAGAUUGUGAUGAAAGGAAAGUUUGAGGACAGGAAGUUCCUUGCCUUGUACAUCAAGAAUGAUGAAGUUAUAGCGGCAGCGAGCCUAAACUACGACCCAGCAGCCUCAGCAGUAGCUGAGAGGUUCGCAACAGGAAAAGUCAUCACAAAGAAAGAGGCUGAAUCAGAUGAUCUGAGCUGGCUGCAGUUGUCCUGA